AUGCCUAAAAAGCAAGCAGUGAAAGGUCCAUUUUUCUUUUUCAUGCUAGACUUCCGAAAACGUGAGGAAGCGAAGGGUAAAAGCUUUGGCGGCAUGGAAGCAGUCAUGAAUGCAGCAGGGCCGCACUGGAACAAGCUGACUGCCGAAGAACGCGAAGUCUAUAAGGACCGGGCAAAGGCAUACAAAUUGACUCCGAAGGCGAACUUCGGGGAAAAAUACACUUCCCAGGGGAUACCGUUUUCGCAAAUCGAAAAAGAAAAACAGGCUCGCCUCAAGAAGGAACAAACGAUACGGAAGGCAGUGGCCGAGUUGAUACAAACGGCCGUUGGUAAUAAUGCUCUGGAUAAGAUGGAGGUUUACUUGAUUUCGUUCAACUACUUUUGUAAAACUACUGCAGAGAUGUACAUCCCAGCGGAGAUGGCUAUUAUUCGUUAUAGCUUAGAGCAGGGCGUAAUGGAUAAGUUACAUACGUUCAUAAAUCCUGGUAAUAUUCCUCUCGGUUUGGCUUAUGAAGCCAAUAUACUAAGCGAAGAAACCCAUCGUAUACCAAUUCCUCCGGAUGCCAUGGGGGAAACCAGUUUUGCAGAACUAUUUGAAAAGAUAUUCGAUUUUGCACAAUGCAAAGGUAAGAAGCUUCGCCUUCUGUUCACAGAGGAAAAGCACGUUCCUAUUGUGGAGAACAUUUUGGAACAGUUUGCCAAAGAGGCCAAAUCAGAAUAUAAAUUUUUAAUUUGUCCUUUGGGAGAUUUUUUCUUCCAACUCAAACGUGCUUCUGAACAUGAGGGACUGGAUAUUUGUCUCUUUCCUGCCAAAACUGUAGCUGAUAUUUUACUGAAAAAGGAUAAUUAUGAGUAUACCAGCGGAAUCGCUUGUGAAUUUCAUGAGAAACUGGAGGUUUCUAGAUUUUGCUGCUUGUCGAAAAUAAUUCGACUUUCGUACAUAAUUUCGGAUAGCUGCUGUCUGGAUUUAAACAUUGAAAUGGUGGCCGGACGCCACCUUCCCAUGAACGCCGAUACAACUCUCUGUUCGGAUUUGACCGACACUGAAUCGAGAUUCCAUGAAAGCCAAACUGAUCGUAUGUCGUUCGUUUCGUCAUCAGACCUGACCCACGUCUCGCUGCCAAAAAUACAGAAAACUCGAAGCAAAAGCCCAUUCCGUGGACUUGAAAAUGAGUCUGUUCCAAUUAUAUACAGCUCUCGAGCGGGAGCUUCCGCGACAGAAACAGUAGAUAGAUGCAAUGUUUCAACAAAUCCAUUCCAUGAGUUUAAAAUGGAACCACAAGCUUCGGAAGCUAAGCAGCCGAAAUUGACUGACCCGAGAGCUUCUAGUGAGACCAUGCACUACAACCCGUUCAGCCGACAAGUAAAACUGGAAACUGUGCGCCAACCAAGGGAAAUUGGAGUCGUUGGACACGGCCGUGGCUCUUUGUUGGUUGCGAAAGAAUCCAGCGCACUGGCUGGCUUCGGUUCGCCAUUGGGUCUGGCCAUCUUUAGAGGAAUCGGUCGCGGAUCCGCUAUUCUUAGUAAUAUCUCUACAAUUUCUUCGAACAUGGCAUACACCAGCGACGAAGAUUGA